AUGUCUCCAGCUCCACCUGCUCUCUUCUGCUUGGGACUGUGUGUAAUACAGGUGAUCCAAGCACAGCAUGGCCGGCUCCCCAAGCCCUCCCUCCAGGCUCUGCCCAGUUCCCUGACACCCCUGAAGAAGCCAGUCACUCUGAAGUGCCAGGGUCCUCCAGGUGUGGACUUGUACCGCUUGGAGAAACUGGGAUCUGGGGAGUAUGAGGAUCAAGACUUUCUCUUCAUUCCUAUCAUGAAACAAAAUCACGCUGGACGCUACCGUUGCUCAUAUCAGAAUGGGAGCCGAUGGUCUCCUCCCAGUGAACAGCUGGAGCUGAUCGCUACUGGAGCUUUCACUAAGCCCUCACUCUCAGCUCAUCCAAGCUCAGCAGUCCCUCCAGGUGGGGAUGUGACCCUGCAGUGUCAGAGUCGAUAUGGUUUUGAUCAAUUUGCUCUGUACAAGGAAGGGGAUGCUGGGCCCUAUCAGAAACCAGAGAGGUGGUAUGGGGCGGAUUUCCCCUUCGUCACAGUGACUGCUGCACACAGUGGGACUUACAGGUGCUACAGUUUCUCCAGCACAUCUCCAUACCUGUGGUCAGCCCCCAGUGACCCCGUGGUGCUCAUGGUCACAGGAACCUCAGAGACUCCCAGCCAGAUACUCAGUGAGGUAUCACUCUCCUUAACAAAGCUCCCAGAAGUCACCAGGAGACAUUUCAGACCUUUGAACUCGUUCACUCACAAAGUCUCUACAACUGAAACGUCUAAGAAUGUUACUGUCUCUCGAGAGGUGUCCAGCCCCCCAUUUGGUUUUGCCCACCAGCACUAUACCAAGGGGAAUCUGGUACGGAUAUGCCUUGGUGCCGUGAUUCUAAUAUUCCUGGGGGCUUCUGGCAGAGGAUUGGCACAGUCGAAAGAAACCCCUGCCACACAGAAUCAGAGCUGUGCAAAGGCCACUCCCACCCCUCCCGCCAACCCGAAAAUAACAUAG